AUGCCCGGUGGUGAGGCUCAGAAUAUAGCUUUUCCGAAAUGGAAGCGGGAGAUGAUCAAUAUGGAUUUCAUCACUGGCUUAUUGCGAACUCGUAGGCAACAUGAUUUGAUUUGGGUGACUGUAGAUCAGAUGACUAAAUCAGCCCAUUUCUUGUCAGUGAAUACUACUAAUUCAACAGAAGAUUAUGCCAGAUUGUACAUCCAAGAGAUAGUCCAAAUUCAUGGAGUUCAUGUGCCCAUUGUUCUAGAUAGAGGUUCACAAUUCACCUCUCAAUUUCGGAAAUCUUUCCAGAAAGGUUUGUGUUCGAAAGUGAAUCUGAGUACUACUUUCCAUCCUCGGACUGAUGGUCAAGAAGAGCGGACAAUUCAGACCCUAGAAGAUAUGUCUAGGGCGUGUUUCAUAGACUCAAAGGCUCUUUAUGGGCAACGAUCUAGAUCUCUUAUUGGCUGGUUUGAGGUUGGUGAAGUUGAGCUGAUAGGGCCAGACUUGGUUCAUCAACCCAUGGAGAAGGUGUCACCUAUGAAGGAUGUCAUGAGAUUUCGUAAGAAGGGAAAACUCAGUCCCCGGUACAUAGGUCCUUAUAGGAUAUCCAAAAGAGUUGGCAAUCUAGCUUAUGAGUUGGAGCUGCCGUCACAGUUAGCAACAGUCCAUUUAGUAUUCCACAUUUCUAUGUUGAAGAAGUACAUGGGUGAUCCUUCCAUUAUAGUACCUACUAAGAACAUUGGUAUUAAGGACGACUUAUCUUAUGAGGAAAUGCCCGUUCAAAUUCUUAAUUAUCAGGUUCGCAAGUUGAGAACCAAGGAGGUUGCAUCAGUCAAGGUUUUAUGA